UGUGUGAAGAAACAGGGAGCGCUUGUGCUCUUCUCCCCUCUGAUCACAGGGAUAGCUCUGUAAAGUUGAUGCCACCAAGUGAGGUUCUCCCACAGCCAAGGUUUUUUGGGUGCUCCUGCAUCCCACCUGGCUGUCAGCAUGGCAAGGAGAACCUGGAUUUGUGGAACCAGUGCUGCUAAGACUGUUGAACCCUGCACACAGUUGUCAAGAGCUCAAGGGUGAUGUGUUCUUGGGAACUUGCAGUCUGUGCUGUUUGCCACACUCAUCCUUUUGCAUACCAGCAGGAUUGAAUUGGGAGCAUUUCCCAGCUGCAGGCCCCUGCUGUCCUUCACCUGAACCCAGCUGAGACUUUACCCAGAGCUCGUGGCAGAUGUAAUCAUGUUCUCCAUUAGCAGCAUUUGGGUUUUUCCUGCAUUUUCCCAGAAUUUUGUAGCUUGGCUUUGGUGUAUGAGGCUUAGAGGAAGUAUUUCAGGAGAACCAGCAGUUUUUGUAUUGUCACUGGCAAGAAAUACUACCUGCUCCGUGGCAGCCAGCCUGGAGCAGCCUGAGAUGGCUGUGGGCUUCCUGCUCUGUCCAUGGAUGCUUGUGUGCCUGCCUAGAAUCCAGCAGUGCUUGGCCCACCUGCAUGGUGGGCUCUCACCUGAAAGGGAGCCCUCAUCAGGACUGUGCCUAUGGCAGGGCAAGAUGAACCCUUCUCUCACCCUAGAGCUCAGGUGUCAUUCGGCCAGGAGAGAUUAUAGGGGGAAGACAUAGUUUAGGAUGCAUAGCUGCCCAGGCUCUGCAGCUCUUCCUCUGAAGUGUCUGCCAGGGAAGCUGGGAGCAAUCCAGAGGCAGCUGGAAACUGGGCUUCAGGCCAUCUCAUCCUUUAGCCUGAUGCUGAAGUGGUACCCACAGUGGGUGAGGCAGGGAUAGAUUUACCUGUAAAGGUGAAAGGAAGGAAAGAAGAAGUCCUUUGCUCAUGCCAGUGCCCUGUGCUGCAGAUUUCCAAUCACACAAUGCAGUGAGAGCAGAGUGGCCCCUUUAUCCAGCUGGACUGUGGCAUUCACUAAUACCUGUUCCAUGGUGGGAUUUUAUAUCUCUUUUAGUGAUGAGAGGCAUGGCAAAGACUAGAGAAAAGGUUUGCUCUCAGUUCUGCUGGAGCUGCUUGUAGAUCCCAGUUCACAGCAUGCUCUGAGGGUUCCCCUGCCUUUUGGCAAAGGCCGUUUCAACACCGGGCACACCACAGAAUCAUAGAAAGGCUUGGUUUGGAAGGGACCAUAAGGAUGAGAUUUCAACCCUCCUGCGACGGGCAAGGGGAGCCACACACUAAACCAGGUUGCUCAGGGCCCCAUCCAACCUGUCCUUGAACACUGCCAGGAAUGGGACAUCCACAGCUUCUCUGAGCCACCUCUGCCAGUGCCUGACACCCCUCUGGCAUAGUAUUGGAUCCACUUUUCUCCCACCCCUCCUUGAUAACUAUUUAGCUUAAUAUCUUCAUGGACAGCAAGUCUCCCAUUUAUGUGUAAAGCAGCAGCUUUUCCUGUUGGUUGACAUGAACCUGUUCUCUGGUUCAUGUAUCACCUUACCCAGGCGAUAUCAGUGAGUUUAUAUUUGGACUGAAUUAGCAAUUUUGGUUCCAUUUAGUGCAGCUGGUGGUAGUCUGGAAACUGAUACAACUUGCAGACCUGUGUACAAAAUUGCAGUGCCUCUCUUGGGAAUGGGAUGGAGCCCUGUGCUGGGAAACAUAACUACUGGGCAAAGUGGAGUUUUUAUCUUCAACAGAAAGCAGUCAGCUGAAUGUCCUCCAGCCUUCUCUUGGUGUGUGUAGGCUGCCCUUGCCCCAGAGUCUGACCAGCUGAUCUUUCCACUGAAAAACAUAAGAAAAUGCUGCUUCCUCCUUCAGAACUGGAGCUCUGGUUUCCUUGUGGAUAUUGGCACUGGAGUUAUGCAAGGAAUCCUCUAUUUUGCCCUACCAUCUCUGUUGCAAAUAGGUCGGGCAUUCAAAGAUCCUGUUCAUAGGAGUGUUGGGACAGCUGGAUCCCUGUUCAGUUCUUGCUGCUCCCAAGAAUGAAGCAGAGGAUCAUCUGCUGAAGCUAUUUUAGGUUUCUGAACAUUGCUGGUGUCCCUCUGAGCUCCUAUUUGUGUGCAAUCCUACGGCUUCCUGCUAAGAUCUGUGUGAGAAUCCUGUAUCCUCAUGUGUGAAGGUUUUGUUUGUGCACAGCGUCCCAGGGAUUAAGGAAAGCUUCGAAUUCCUCACUUACCUCAACAUCUAACCCAUAUCAGCUGUAUCUGUGACUCCUUUUUCUAACCUUUAGCUCUGAACAUCCCUUGGACCUUGCUUUGCAGAUGCCCACGUGUUGCUGGUGGGAAGCAGGUGGCAGUUUCCCAUUUUUUUCCUGCCAGAAAUGUGUGUCCUUCUUGUUUGCAGCAGUUGAUUCCUGUUGUCUCAGAUGGGAACAUGCAUUGCUGAAAGCAGUCUUCCACACAACCUCUAGGUGUAGAACUACUCCAAAGCCCACAGCUGAGUGAGAUGAGAUCCUGGUUCUGGCCAUGGUUGGGUGGUUGCUUGCCAUCUGCCACCACCAUCCUCCAGCGUGGCACAGGGUGGGGCCUCCUGCCCUCUCCCUUCUUGGUACACCCAAGACUUUUGGCUUCCCUGCACUUUUUGGUUUCUACCUGCUCAGGUAAUUUUUCAGCAGUGCUGAGCAUUGCUGAGUUUCAUGUUGAGGCAAGAGGUGGCUCUGCAGUUUUGGCCCAUCUUUAUUUUUAGCUGUGUAAGGCAUGGUUGAUGGUAUCAGAAGGAAGUUGCAUGGCCUCCGGAGCUCCAUGACUCAUCCUGGAUCAGGACCGAGGCUUUGCUAGCUUCUGCUAUAACCUUCAAGUGAUGUAACUGGUUUUGGGAAAGGGCAGAACACAGAGAGAAGCAGAGCUUUUAGAAGUUUGGGGUUUUUUUUUUUUUUGCUUGUCUGCUAAGUUGUUGAAUUUACAUGGUGAAAGAUAUUGACAGAUAUCACUCCUGAGUGUGUUUCAAGAGGGUCCUUUGUCUUGUGUCUUGUGCCUGUGUGAGAGAGGUGAAAGGGAGAAGAGCUCUGCUUACCACCCACGCUGGGUUACUGUUUAGUGGCAGGAAUCAAUGGUAGGGGAGAGUUUUUAAGGCAAGAAACAAAGCAGGAUCCUUUGUCCAGUUCAAGCCACAGUGAGGUUUGGUGCAGCAGUACAGACCUCCCUGAAGUGGAAACUGUCUGGAACUGGAGAGCAGAGGCUUAGGAGAUACCUGCCAGAAUGCAGCAAGAGGAGUCUGAGACCCCCAUUCCCAUCAGAUCUGGUACUACUGCAAUGUAGAAAGAGCUGCUGGGGCUUUCUGACAUGCAGGCAGCUGUGUUGGGCUGGACUGGAGAGGGACUGCAUGUCACCCCCAUGGAGCAGGCCCUGUGGGACAAGUGAGGAUAUUGAAGCACCCCUGCCUGCCACAGCACGAAGGAGAUGCAGUUAAAAAGGUCUCUAUUACCCAAAUUUGUCUUCUGUGUCUUGACUUGAGAAUAGACAAGGUGGGGUUCUGGAGUAGGGUCCUUGCCUCUGAGGUGGGCAGGGAUGAGGGCUUGUGGGAGUGAGCUUCCAUGUCUACCCCAUUUCCUUCCUUGGUGAAGGUGCUGCCUUUUAGGAGUAGGUUGAGGCUUUUGGGUGUUUCAUGUGUGGGGCAUCAGGGAGAGGACAUGCAAGGGGGAACAGAGACAGGGGAACAUGCUGGAGGGUAUUGCUAUGGCAACUUGCUGCUGGCAGUGUCACUGACUAGGAAGAAAAGUAAUCAGGCAAAUGUGGAAGGUGCCACAGCCCUCAGUGCAGCCCAGUCCCAGCUGUGCCGUCGGCCUGGCACCCCUGGACUCCUGCCUGACAAUUUGGCAUCUGGAGCUGUUCUCCUCUGGCAGCAGCCUCAGGACACCUUGCCUGCCAAGAUCACUGCCCAAGGCUCAAUCGCAUGGACACUGUGACCCCAUAAGUUACAACCCUUGGAUCAAAGCUGCAGUGCCCGUGGAUUAUGACCACAGGGGAGCUGUGUUGCAUCUGCAAAUCUCUGUUGUGCAUCAAGGGCACAUCUGAACAGAGCCACUGUGGACCCUGAAGAGCUGGAGAGGACGUUGCAGAGGUUCGGAGGCACACCGUGAUGGUGGGAGCCAUUCCACGGCAGCCACGCCGCUUCUGGGGGGUGCCUGACUGGCAGGCGUCUUCAGCCAGCUGUGCCAACGACCGCCUGCUGCGGGGCAGGGAGGCUAACCCGGAGACAAGCAGGGAUGCUGUGCUGCAGAGCACCUCAUAGUAGAGGGCUCACACAGAAAUCGUGAGUGAGAGGGGGCCCAGCUCGCACCCUCUGCCCUUGCACCCUGACCUGUGGCACUUUACAGUCCCCCUCCUGCUGCUGCAUGGGCUCCGCUUGGAGUCCCAGCAAGUGAGGCUCCAUGCGGCACAUCCACACAGAGACGUCUCUGCCCCCGGAGCGCAGCACAGAGCCCAGCCUGUCCCGGCCCAGGGGGGAGACACCCUUGGAGCCUUCCUCGCAGUGCUGCACCCACCGCAGCAUCCUCAUGGGCUACAAUGAGACAGAGAUCAAGCGCCAGAAGGUUUACCAGGUGUCCAUCUUCUCCCAUCUCUCCAGCUCCUCUGAGAGUACGGAGCAGCGGGCAGGCACCCGGCCAGCUGUCAAGAAGGGAUACCCCGAGCAGCGAACUCCGGAGGGGGGGCGAGAUCCCAAACGAACUCACUGGGGUGACAGGGGGGUGGAUGGGGGCCCUGGGCAGCCUUCCCUGGACGAUGACGAUACCUUUGAGGAUGGUCUGCUAGUGGAGGAGCUCUCCCUUUGUGGCUCUGCCCAGCACUUCUCCCACAGUGGGCUGCGGGUGGUGGAGCACCGCUGUGAGGGCAGCCCUAGCCACAGCCCCAAGGCAAGCAGAGAGGACAAGUCCCAGGAUGUCUCCUUCUCCUCCUUCUCCCCUUCCUCCUCUUCCACCUCCUCCUCCUCCUUCUCCUCCUCCUCCUCCUCCUCCUCCUCCUCCUGGCCCCGGCACAUUGCUUGCAGUACUUUGCACAUGAGAGACAGUUGCCCUGUCUCAUCAGGGGAUCAGCCCAUAGACUGUGGAGAGAAUGGGGAGCCGUCAAGUGGCCACAAUGUACUUCACCUUGAAUUGCACAGUAUUGCACAAACAACCCAGUUGGACCCUGGUGGGAAGAGAGAGAAGCCAGGGAACAGCCCAGCUCACACCAGCAGGGCUAGCGGAGAAGCAGAAGGGCCAGCAGUGGCCAAUGGGUGCAGGGAGUCCCCAGUUCUGCAGACAGCGCUCAGCCCCGAGCCCAGCAACCUGAGCUCCCAGGAGAUGACACCCUGUGGGAGCAGCCAGCUCAGCAGCACCUGCCCAGCCAAAAGGAAGUUGCUGCCUGCUGGUGAGGUUAUGACCGACUCCUGCUCUGAGGAUGAGAGCCUGUCCCCACCAGCAAGGAAGAAGAGAGUCCUGCCAUGCCAUCCUGUGCCCACAGCCUGCCGCAGCACUGAUGCCAAGGGAGCUCCGUUCUGGAAUCACCUGCUUCCUGCAGCAAAGAGCUCUUCAGAUUGCAUGGCAGUUGGGAGGAGGCUGAAGAGUGGGCUGCGUCUCAAAUCGCGACAUCUCCGGACCAGCCUCCGGAGGAGCACUAGGUCCCCCACAGUGCCCUGGGCCACCACCACUGUCAGCCAUGCUCUGCUGGGCAACUUUGAGGAGUCCAUCCUGAAGGGGCGCUUUGCACCAUCGGGGAGGAUCGAGGGUUUCACAGCAGAGAUCGGUGCCAGUGGCUCCUACUGUCCCCAGCAUGUCACCCUGCCUGUCGACGUCACCUACUUCGACAUCUCUGAACACAGCGUGCCCUCACCUUUCCUGGGAGUGAUUGACUUGGAGGCCUUGGGAAAGAAGGGUUACAGUGUCCCCAAAGCUGGAACCAUCCAAGUGACCUUAUUUAACCCCAACAAGACUGUGGUGAAGAUGUUCUUGGUGACAUACGACUUCCAGGACAUGCCGGCCAACCACAUGACCUUCCUACGCCAUCGCAUCUUCCUGGUGCCCGUGGGGGAGGAAGAGGGGUCCACAGUGGCCCCCAGUGACCCACUGGGCACCAGCCCACCCCGCAGGGUCCUCUGCUACCUGAUGCAUCUAAGGUUUCACAGCUCCAAGUCAGGGAAGAUCUACCUUCAUGAUGACAUUCGGCUGCUUUUCUCCCGCAAGUCGAUCGAGGUGGAUUCGGGGAUCCCCUACGAACUGAAAUCCUUCACAGAGAUGCCGCGGAACCCCUGCUACUCACCCCGGGCCUGACCUCCUUCACUCCCUGCCCCCCAGGGCCUCUGGGGAGUCUCCAGCCCAGCAGUUUGGGGAGAGAUGAGUAAAGGGCCAGCAAGCACUGCUUUGAGAUAUCACCCACCCUCCUGACCAGCACGGGCACCACGCUCUGCAGCAGGGCUGGGACUACCAAGGGGGCUUCACCAAGAGGGGCAGGGGCUGAGGAGCAGCCCUGGCACUCUAGGGACAUGCCCAAGCCUUUUGCUGGCACUGCUCCCAGCUUGGAGACUUGGCUGUGGCUGAGGUGGGUGGGUGUGAAGAGUUGGACUGGAGCUGUGAGUGAGACCACCCACACUGGUCUCAGGUCUGGGAGCAGAAAGUGUGGAAGAGUUUGUAUUUAUUAGUAUUUAUUGUUGCUGGGAGCACAGAGGAGGCUCAUGCAGAGGAUCAGAGGUGCUGUGCUUUUUCUUCCCCUCAGCCCUGCCUGCACCAGGCUGCCUCUGUUCGGGCAGGGCUGUGGGGACUGUGAGGAUGACUAGGGACAGGGAAGCCUCAGCCGAUGGAAGGGAGACUUACCCAGUGCUUACACAGGGUGCAGCUCCCAGAUCAGAGGUGUAUUAAAAGCCCACUGACAGGCUGAGCCUCACUGGCACCAGCUUUGCAGGGCCAGCCCAACUUCAAGCAGCUUGUGGAGGCCUGUGCUUAUCUUCUGAGUCUUUUAGGGUAAGCCAGAACCUAAGAGACCUGUGGAUGUCAAGGUUCCUGAGGGUAAGAGACACAGCUGUCACGUGGAUGGGGACCUGGAGCUCUUCGCAGGAAUAUGGGGAUAGCCCUCUGGGCAAGAGCCUCCAGAGCACGUGAGCUGUGAAUCUGAGAAGAUUGCCAAAAAAAAAAAGGAACUUUGCACUGUCUGUGGGUGUGGGGUGAAUCCCAUGCAGGUGGUAGCUUUGGGCAGGGUCUGCCGGCAGGGUGAUCAGGAGCUGGAGGAUGGUCAGGAACCCCAGCUUAGAAAAAUGGGGAAAGGGGGAAGCAACAGAGGAAAUCAAACUCUGGGAGUUGGGCUGGUUCCUCAGGAGCAGGACUGGGAGAAUCCAGACAGGGGCAGUCAGAGGGACAGGGCCAGGGGUAAAACAAGCUUGCACAUUCCUCGUCUGUAUCACCUCUCUGCCCUCUGAGGGUCUCGGCAAGGCUCCCCUGCCAGCCCAGGCUGUGGGGACCCUCAUCUCCUCCUCAGAGAGAACAAUACGGGGAUAGGCCCAUCAGCUCCCACCGCUGAGGCCGAGACCCAAGCGUGGGGGGCUCAGUGUGGGGAUGGGCCAGGACUGGGGGAUGUGGGGGCGAGGUCCUGCCCUGCCCGGGGGCGGCCGAGGGGCUCCGGCCCUGCUGCACUGGGGUUAGGAAGCCUGAACCAGCCCAUAUACUCACACUGGGGGCCUGAGACCCCCUCACACCGGGGUUUGCUCCCCCCAAACCGGGGCCCUGGAUCCCCCAAACCGUGGAUCUGAACCCCCCAAACACUGGGGGCCGCUCCCUCACUGCCCUGGCCAGCAGGUCUCGAGGACGCCAUCACACCGGAGUCCCCCUCGCCCCCAGGUCACCGGGGCUGCCCCUCUCUCCGUGGCCCUGCGGGCUCGCGAAGGCCGUACCGGGACUUUUCGUGUUCGUUUCUAAUUUAAUAAACAUCCGUUUGGAGCUCCAGAA